CUGCAUAUGUAUAACCUACUACUUGAAUAAUUCAACUAAUCAUUUCCUCCAAAAAUAAAUAACAAGAUCUUUUUAUUUUAAAUUUCUUUGAGAAGAGUUGACUUACAAGAAGACGAAAAAGAAUUUCAGAAUUAAUAUUUUCCAUGUUUAACAACUGACAUCUUUAUUAUUUUGAUUUUUAUCUUCAAAAAAUUCAUUUAUAUUUGUAUAUUUCAUUUCGAAGAAAGAGGAAGUCAAUACUUGCGAAAAUCUUUAUUUCAUUCACACCAACUAAUAAUACAUAAAGUGAAGAGUAAUAAAAAUACCUAUCCACAAAGAUCAUUGGGAAAAAACGAAAACAUGACAGAUUCAGAUGGUAAUGAAAUUGGUAAACUAUUUAUCGGUGGAUUAUCUCAAGCAACAAAUAAUGGUAGUUUACGUUUAUACUUUUCAAGAUUUGGUGAAAUUGACGAUGCCAUUGUAAUGAUGGAUAAUAAAACUGGUAGAUCACGAGGUUUUGGUUAUGUUAAAUAUCAUGAAUGUGAUUCAGUCACAUUAGCCUUGCAAGCAAAACCUCAUAUUAUUGAUGGGAAAGAAGUUGAUGCAAAACAAUGUAAUAUUAAUAUGAAAGGACGUAAUAAACGUAGUUUAAAGAUAUUUGUUGGUGGUAUAGGCUUAGAACAAGAUAUUGAAUCAAUUAAAGAUUAUUUUAAACAAUUCGGUCAUGUAACUGAUGUCAACCUAAUGAUGGAUACAAAUAAACAAAGGCAUAGAGGUUUUGCAUUUAUUAGUUUUGAUGAUGAAAAUGUUGUUAAACGCUUAAUUAAUUUGCAUUAUGUUAAUAUCAAUAAUAAACAAGUUGAAAUUAAAGCUAUGGAACCACCAAAUUUUAAUCGAAAAUUGAUUAAUUCUAAUUUAAUUAAUAAUAGUAAUAAUAGUAAUAAUCAUAAUAAUAAUACGAGUACAAUUACACAGAAUCCAUGCAGUAUAAUACCACCGCAUAUAUACCACCUACCUAAUCAUCAUCAUACAUCAAACUCAGACAUAUUAAAUUGUCAUGAUAUCUAUGAAUCGACAACAAAUGAUCCGGCAUACAAUUUUCUAACAAAUUCAUUUACACCGAUUUAUUCAGCCCACAGUCAUCCAUUAUUUUCGUACCAUCAUCAUCCUUCUCACCAUCAUCACCAUCAGUCAAGUGCUACCGGAUUACAACCAUUUCUACACCCGAAUACAAUGAGACGUUAUUAUUGCUUUGACCAACAAAAUACGAAUACAUCGGCCACUUCUGUUAAUACUACUAAUACUACUAAUUCUAGUACAAGUAGUAAUACUAAUCAAUUUAUAAAUAAUUACAGUAAUUUCAAUAGUAACUUAUUACCUGCAGAUCAGCCAUUUCAAUCUUCCCCGUUUAUUCAUCAGUCAUUUAGAACAAAUCCAAGUUCAUUACGUCAUCCUACGGGUAAGUCAACAACAACUAGUACACAUUCACCGCUAUCGAAUAGUACCGUUACUACAACUAUUGGUACUUCUACUUCUAAUACUACUACUCCUAUAAUUACUGGAAAUAAUCCAUUUAGUACAAUGAAUGGGACACAAGUUACAUCGAAACAACAAACAUAUCACCACCAAUCACCUAUGCCUUUAAUCUUAACUACUAAUCAAUUCCAACCAAAUUUAUUCAAUUUUCAACAGAGCAGUAGCAGUAGUCCAUCAGUUUAUACUAUUCCGUGUCAUUUUAUUCCAUCACAUUUUAUUCCAUUUCCGAGUAAUUCUAUGUUACAGCAACAGUCAACUUUAAUGAAUGCACAUUCUGGCUUAAUUUGUAAUGAUGUGUUCAAUACUACUAAUAAUACUACUGUUAGUAGUAGUGCUACGACUUCGACGGUUACUGACACCACUAAUACUUCUAAUUGUACAACUUUUAAUAAUAGUAAUAAUAAUAAGAAAGUUGUGACUAAUAGUAGUACAGAAGAACAAAUUAUUAGUAAUGAUAGUCUAUCUAGGAUGACACCAGUAACGAUAGCCUCCAAAAAUAUGAAUGCUUCAAGUACUUCAGGUAACAAUGGUACAAAUGCAGCUGGCACUCCAUCGUUAGUUGCUACUAGUACAGCGACUACACUUAAUGAAACUAUAGAUACUACUGAUAAUAAUGUUAGUAAUAAUGCUGUUCCACCAAAGUCGAUUGAUGAUGAUAAUUUUGGUAUAUUAAAUAAUGUACAAGGUGGUAGUAUUACUGGAGAACACAUUGCCUUCUGUGCACCAAAUUACAACCAUCUGAAUUAUGCUAGUAAUAGUUUACAGUCGACAAAUUUACCAUUAACACCAUAUUAUGCCUUGUGUUCACAAUAUCCAACAGGAGUAUCGAAUACACCAACAGGUACUAGCAAUCUACAGGUACCGAUAAAUGAUAACUAUAAUGUAGGUCAAAUAAUCAAUAAUGUUAAUAGUAAUCCAUCGAUUUCUGUGACUAAUCAAGGCGAUAAUCCCUUGACAAACAAUGACAAUCAGAGCUUAACUAAUGAUGUACUGUUAGUAGAUCAAAAAUUGAAUACUACAAAGUGUUUUUGCCAUCCAACCAUUUUUAUACCGAAUGGUAUUCAUACACAAACACAAAGUAUAAAUCAGACACCAAAUUUAUGGAAUACACCAGGGAAUAUUUCAUCGAGCGGUUUAUUUCAUUCAACAUUUCAACCGUUAACUGGAUGGAAUUUCCCGUUAGGUAGCCACAUAAUUUCACCGCCAUUUACACAUCAAACUUCACACUAUCAUCCUUAUAUACCUGAGAAUCAGAUGACUUUACAUCAAAAUGAUAUGUUGAAUCAGUGGAAUCAGUUACCUUCAACAUACAAUGGUAACAACAUUACAAAGUCAACGAGUAAUGAUAUAGAUGGAAGUGACUUGAAGGAUUCUAUCACCGCCACUGCUAUUUCUUCUUCUUCUUCUUUAUUAUCUUCGUCAGUAUCAUCAUUGUCUUCGUUCUCAUCAUCCUCAACAUCAACGACACUAUCUCCAUCACUGACAACUAUGCAUACGGUGACAGGAACGACAAAGACUGAAUCGACAGAAGUGCCUACAACUACGAUAAUAAUAAAUUCAACAACAAAAUCUAUAUCGUCUACCUCAUCUAUACCAACAUCAGAUGAUGUAAUGACUUUAAACACUGGCCCAAAAUGUAACAAUAAAGAUAUUUAUUUAAAUGAUACAAUGCAGAAUAAUUUUAAUAGAAUUAUGUCGGCUAAGCCAUCUGGAGAUAAUUUAGAAGGUUUACUUGUAAAUAAUAAUAAUAUUAAUCAGUGUAUCAAUGAUAAUAUCUUUUGUUUUAUUAAAUCACCAAUAACUGAUUUAACCUCAACGUUAAUUGAACCGGAAAAUAAUGAGGUGACAAAGUCGUGGCAAAAUAAUAAUAAUAAUAAUUUAUGGACUAUGCCUAAAGUAGAAAAUCUAUCUCAAACACUACCACAUUCUUCAAAGCUGACAACAGGAACUACAACACUAAAUUAUCCAACUUCUCCUCAGAUGAUUAUACAACCAAUCUAUAAUUCCUAUCAUCAUCUAUCCAAUGAGUAUGUAAAUGGAUUUCUGUCUAAUUGUGAUACACAGUCAGGUGUUAAUCUCAAUUUAACAGAUGGAAGAGAAAGUUUUAGUAAUGUAGAAAAUAAUUUAAAUAAAUUGAAAUUAAUGAAUGAUAACACCGUAUAUUUAUUAAGCAAUAAUUCAAUGAAAACUAUAAUUAAUGAUAAUGUUAAACUACCAAAGAAAGCAGUGAGCGAAGAUAAUGAAAAAUCUUCAUCACCUAUUCUGUCAGAUCUAAAUGAAAACUCUUCAUUGACGUCGUUACCACCUAAGGAGAAGACAUCAGCAAUACCCGAAAAAGUAGAAAUGACAGAAAAGAUGUCAACUAGUGAAGAUUUAUCUACAAACAAUAUUAGAGGGAUUGGCUUAAAUAAAAAUGUCAUCAUCGGUGAAGAAUGUGUAGACAAAACAGAACAAUUGCAUACAAAGCAGUUUCAGAAUAAUAACACUGACAGUAUAAGUACACAUUUACCACCUAACGAAAAUGAACAUGAAAUUGACAGAGGAAAUAUAUCGUGUAUUGAUAAAACUUAUAAAGAAUACGAAUGUAGGUCAAACACUGGUGCUACGGGUGAUUACCCGCCAAAUCAUCAUUUUGUUAAGAAUAAUUAUCAUCACUUAUUGUAAUAUUAAUCAUCUGAAAAGAGUAAAGAAAAAUUUUUAAAAAGGCAGAAUAAUUCAAUGUCUUCAAACAAUUGCAGUAAAACAAAAAUGAAAGGAGGAUCAAGGAAAAGUGGAUGAAAGACAAAAUGACAAGAUAUAAAUAAGACGGAGCAACUAUUAGGUGAUUUAAAUUUAGCCAUAAUUUUCUUAUUUAUUCAUUUCUCUUACAUAAUUUAUCAGUAAGACAAGUAUUAGGAAUUAAAGUCAGUUGUUCAUUGUCAAUGAGACGCGGAGGAACUGAUAGACGAAUGUAGAACUUGUAAAUUUAUUACUCAGGUGAAUAUGUCAGGCAGUUAUAUUGUAAAAGAAAUAUAACAGAAUAAGUGUAUGUAAACCAACCAGAUAGUAAAAGUGAGUAACACUCAUGUUAUCACUGCUAAUACUGUCUUCACCAAUGUAGUUAUAUAUAAAUAUGUACUAUAUUUUGCCUACUGUAUUACAGGGACUAAUGAACUCAUUCACAGUUAUUGUGUACAUUAUUUAAGUGUCACAUAUAUGUAAGUGGCAAAGGAAAUUAAUAAAUAAAA